GCGUGUGCAUGAGCGCUGCAUCGAGCGGGCGCAGGAAGCGCCCCCGCUCCGCCGCCUCCAUCUUCCAGGGCAGCAAGACCUCGCCGCACGGCCGCGACAGCGAGCGCCGGGGCAGUGACUCCGAUAGCGCCUACCAGACCCAAAGAGCCCUGGACGACUGCAAGAUGCUUGUCCAGGACUUCAAUACCCAAGUGGCUCUCUAUCGGGAGCUGGUAAUUUCCGUUGGGGAUGUCUCAGUCACCUGUCCAUCCUUGCAUGUGGAAAUGCACAAAACUCGAACCCAAGGAUGUGAGAUGGCCUAUCAGGCUCAUCAAAAGUUAGCAGCAAUUUCUGGCCCUGAAGAUGGUGAAAUUCAUCCUGAAAUCUGUAGACUGUACAUCCAGUUGCAAUGCUGUUUAGAAAUGUACACAACAGAAAUGCUUAAGUCCAUAUGUCUGCUAGGAUCACUGCAGUUUCAUCGGAAAGGAAAGGAGCCUUGUGCCCCACCCAAGAUCCUAGAUACAAAAGUGGAAGAGAGUUCAGAAGUACCCAUUUUAGAAGACACGUCAUCAUCACCAACAGACACUCAGCAGCAUUUAUGGCAGGUUUCCACAGACAUUGAAAAUACUGAAAGAGAUAUGAGAGAAAUGAAAAACCUUUUAAGUAAACUCAGGGAGACUAUGCCUUUACCACUGAAAAAUCAAGAUGAUAGCAGCCUCCUAAACUUGACUCCAUAUCCAUUGGUAAGAAGACGGAAGCGAAGAUUCUUUGGACUGUGCUGCCUUGUCUCAAGUUAGAAGAUUAAACACAGAAGCACCAAGAAAAUCAUAUCUUUGAUUAAACCACUGUUAUUUGACCACAGAAAACACAAACAUUGCUACACUUUAUUAUCAAAUUCAUUUUCUACACACUCUAAUCCUUUUUCUCUUCUGCUCCAUCCCACUUUCCAAAAUAAGGAAUUUAAUAGUUUAAAGUUAUGGUGAUCAAAAGCUAGCUAUGGCAUAGAUCUAGCAUAAUUAAGAAUGUUUUUAGGACUUUUAAAACUAUGUUUUGCAUGCUUACAUUCAACCACUCAGAGACAAGACACAUGAAUUAUGGUUAAUAGAUUUCUUUUUUUUUAAUUGAUAGUUUGAACUGCUUUUAGAAGUUUGUGCCUAGUAUAGUACUCUUACUGGUAUAUUAAAAUACUUGGUCAUAAUCUAACAGUCAUUAAGCAUAGGAAACUAUUUAACAGCAAAAGCAUUAAAGUUACAAAACAGUAUUGUAACAUUGCACAAAAUUUACAGUUGCUUUUUGUGCUCUCAUUCAUAUUUAGUCUUCCACUAUAUUUCAAUUUAAAAGCUUCAUAGAAAAAUAUCUUAAUUUGUGAUACAUAAACCAUAUAUCAAAAUACUAGGAACUUGUAAAUAGACAUCAUAAUAUAUAUGUACUGUAAAAUGCAUAACAUAUUUUCUUUCAAGCUACAAACUUUUAAGCUCUACAGGCUUUUUGGGGAUGAAAUAAUUUAUUAAAAGGUAUAUUAAAAUAAACAAUGUAAAAUACAACACCAACCCAUUUGGUUUCCAAUAGAAAUCAAAGCAUGAUGUCUGGAUAUCACUAAGUAUUAACUCUUACAGGGCAUGCCAGAAUUAUCUGAGACUGUAAGAUACUCAAUGUUUUACAUUGUUAAUAAAGUUUUUUAUUUAAUCUG